CUUUCCUGACCGAAUGGUUGGUUGGUUUAGUUAGUCUAUGGUUAGUAAUUAGUUUCAGAAUUUCAGAUCUGCGCUUGUCACGAAAUUGUUAAUAAUUUGCAGAAAAGUCUAAAAGGACACUUGAUUUUAAAAGGUUUUAGUAACCUACGUUUCUUAUUUCUAAAACGUACAGCAAGCCCACUAAAUAGUUUGUAAAACAAAUAGUUUUAAUUAAAGAUGUAUGUAGAUUAAACAUGUUAUAAAAAGUAAUUGCUCAAUAUAUAAAUAGAAUUUAGUGAUAUUAUAUUUAUUGGAAAGGUGUGUUGUAUAAGUGUAAUAAAUGUGUGAACGAUAUCCUGGAUACUUGUUUGGAGGGACUCCUGUCAGCAGUUGGGACAGGAGUUUCAAUUCGUUGGAAAAUCAAAUCCAACAGCAGUAUCGAGGGAGGGCAGGCGCUGGUGCGCGCUGCUGGGGCAGUAUGUCGGAAGGCGGCGGGGUGUCCGCCGCUGGAGGGGACUCCUGCAAGACGAACCUCAUCGUCAACUAUCUGCCGCAAACUAUGACUGAGAAGGACCUGUACGCGAUGUUCAUGACCAUAGGACCUAUAGAGAGUUGUCGAGUUAUGAAGGACUUCAAGACUGGCUACAGCUACGGGUUUGGCUUCGUGAACUUCACGAGGGAGGAGGACGCGGCGAGGGCCAUCGACACCUUCAACGGAUACCAGCUCAGAAAUAAACGGUUAAAGGUCUCAUACGCGCGCCCCUCAGGUGACGAUAUAAAAGACACAAACCUCUACGUGACGAACUUACCGCGCGCCAUCACGGAGGAACAGCUCGAGACUAUAUUCGGCAAAUACGGCAGAAUAGUGCAGAAGCAUAUACUGAGAGACAAGAGCAAUGGAACGCCGCGUGGAGUUGCAUUUGUCAGAUUUGAUAAACGCGAAGAGGCGCAGGAAGCGAUAGCGGCGCUAAACAAUGUGAUACCCGAGGGCGGCACUGAGCCACUCAGCGUUAAGGUGGCUGAAGAGCACGGUAAGCAGAAAGCAGCGUACUACGCGGGAUGGGCGGCAGGUUUUCACCAUAAUAGAGGUGAUUACGCGUGGACGUGCGGUAAUUGUAUGAUGCCGGACCCUUGGGAAAGGUUCUCGUCCCCACCCCUACCAGGGAGUCACCCUACCACGCCAAGGAACGGCUGUAGACCAGGGGUCUGCGUUAACAGUAGAGUCUACCCCCCUAACUACGUAGGAAAAGGGGCCUCCCGCGCAAGUCGAGGCAGAAACCUCCCCUGGGCCCCCAAUUACGGAGCCGAGGAGCGCUACAAAGGUCAACGUUGCAGAAACGCACCGACGCCAUAUUGGUAACGGUUAUAGCAUUUCAAAAUGGCUUCACGUUCCACGUUUGAAUAUUUGAAUAUCAAACGUUCGGGUUUCAAGGAUAGAUUUUAAAGGAGGACGAGAUAGAUUAGGGUAAUUGAUUGACAAUGAAAAAUGGACUUUAUUCCCAUUGAUAGUAGAGUAGUUUUCUACUGAAAUGUUUUAUCCUCUAGUACAAGAACGUACGAUUCGCUUAUGAAAUAAUGAAGAAAUGUUUAUAACUCUUAGGCAGUUGUGAAUUUGAUCUCAGUACUUUGUAAAUAGUGUGAGGAUGAUUGACGUGUCUAGUUAUUUUAGUAACCUAUUACUUCCUUGGUCCAAAUGAUAAUAUAGAAUCGAUAUGAUUAGGCGACUUUCGGUGACUGAUUAGUCGUGUUUCCAAUAGGUUGUUUUAGCACUGGAAACUUACAAAACGCUGCCUUGUUUAUGGACAGAUGUUUAAAGAAAUAACGAAUGAUUACCAUUUUUUUUUCUUAUAAGCAUGAAGUGUUUCAUAUAAGGAAAAGUUUUGAUAUUAUCUUUAGUCACGCGUUUUGCGUUUUCUCUUAUAACUACACCGAAAUCUUCUUAAUUUAUUUCAUUAUUUUUGGCAUAUUAUUGCUUUGAUCGCUUAACUUCUCAAUAUAGUCUUGUUGUUAUCAAUUGAAGUCUUACUCCAGCGACAUAGUGACGAGUUUUGUGUGAUGCCAUUUUAUUAAUGAAGUGCACCUUCUUUACUAUCUUCUCUAAAUAGUUUAGUUGUGGAAUAGUAUAUUCUGACUGUAAUAGUCUAUUAGUUAUUAUGUUGAUGUCAGUCUCAAGUGCUAGGCAGUCUCGACAAAGAACGACAGUAAUUGCCAAGUUUAAAUUUUCAACUCUAUUACAAACUAAUCUAAGUAAAUGUUUUAUCGAUAAAUAGUUGAACGAAAGGAGUUUGAAACCUACGUCCUUCUAUAUAUUAUCAUAUGGACACAAGUACGUAUGUAGGUUACAAAUUGUAAAUAAAAAUGUACAGAUGUGUGUGUGCAUUUUGCAAUAUUUGUUUUUUAAAUGGAAAUGAGUUAUAAAUGCACUGCCAGUGUGAUUUGUUGGAUUCUUAAAAAAAGAUUGUGGGUUUAACGAUGCUAUUUUGGAAUCCUGGCUGAAACGGUGCGCUUGUAGGUUUUAUUUCAUUUCAUUUAUUUUUUACGUGGAAAGAUUGGUGUGUAAGAAUUUUUACAGCUGGCAAUUGUACGUGUCAGCCUGCUGUCUAUGUAAUUUUUAUGAUAGGUAUCACUGUUGAUAAUGUUUUCUACUCUGAGUUAUUGUAAGGCAAGUGUGAGUGCCUUGUGCCCAUAGUUUACCAGACUUAAUCAAAGCAAUAAAAUAAGCCUUACCGAGUGGCAUUAAAGUUCCUAUUUCUACAUCUCAAGACAUUUCCACGUAAAAAAUGAAUGGCGCCAUUUUUUUUUCACUCAUUCGUCAUAUUUUUUCUAGCUUGUAUCUCGAAGUUGGUUUGUUUAGUUUUGCUCAUGACUUUUUUGCUGAAUAACUCUUUCGUUAUCAUUCAUUCACAUGAAUUUUGGUUUAUUUUGUUAUUAUGGAAAAUAACUUUUAACUAUUUUCAUUACAUUUUAGUCUUAGACUUUUAUUCUUCAUUCAAUAUGGCGUAAGGAAAUUAUACCGAUACAUAAUAAUGCAUAUAUGUAUCUUUUAAUAUGAACUUAUUAUACAUACAUAUUAAUGUAGAAAGUUCACAAGAGCUUGCUUUUAUGAAAAAAAUACCCGAUUCGAAAUCGCAUCGAAAUUGGCGAAUUCGUUCGAGGUUUACUGUGACACAGACGUAUUGUCGUCGUGGCUUUAAUGUAUUAAAUGAUUUCUAACAAAUCUCUACCAAUAGACUUUAAUUCUAUUGCACUUUAUAAUAGUCUGCUACGAUAUUUGGUUUACAGAUACGAAAAUAAAGCUUAACUCAGUACAGAU